UGUCUGACCCUGCCUGCCGUGUUUUCUCUUUGGGCCGUGAACGCAGCGUUACGCUCGAUGACGUUGCAGGAAGAGGACAACAAAGAUGGCGUCCGGACAGCAGUGGGUGCUGGUGGAAAUGGUUCAAGCUUUUUACGAGGCCCCUGCUUAUCAUUUGAUUUUGGAAGGGAUCCUAAUCCUGUGGAUCAUCAGACUUCUGUUCUCAAAGACCUAUAAACUCCAGGAGACGUACAAACUAACAGAGAAGGAAAAGGAGGACCUCAUUGAAGAAUGGCAGCCAGAGCCCCUUGUUCCUCCUGUGUCCAAAGACCAGCCCUUCCUAAACUAUGAUAUCGUCACAGGUCCUCCCAGCCACAAAAUCACCAUAAAUGGAAAGGAGUGCAUUAACUUUGCCUCAUUUAACUUCCUGGGUCUCCUGGACAAUGAACGAGUCAAGCAUAAGGCCUUGGCAUCGCUCAAGAAGUAUGGUGUUGGCACAUGCGGUCCCAGAGGCUUCUAUGGAACUUUUGAUGUCCACUUGGAAUUAGAGAGCCGUCUGGCCAAAUUCAUGAAAACAGAGGAGGCCAUCAUCUAUUCCUAUGGCUUUGCAACCAUUGCUAGUGCAAUACCCGCCUACUCCAAGAGGGGAGACAUCGUUUUUGUGGAUGAGGCAGCAUGCUUUUCUAUCCAGAAAGGCCUCCAAGCCUCCCGCAGCUUCAUCAAAUACUUCAAACACAAUGAUAUGGAAGAUCUGGAGAGGCUGCUCAUGGAACAGGAGCAAGAGGACCAGAAGAAUCCUCGUAAGGCCCGAGUGACCAGGAGAUUCAUCGUCGUGGAGGGCCUGUACAUAAACACUGCAGACGUCUGUCCUCUCCCAGAACUGGUGAAGCUGAAGUACAAAUACAAGGUGCGGAUCUUUCUGGAAGAGAGCAUGUCUUUUGGCGUGCUGGGGGAGCACGGCCGAGGGGUCACGGAGCACUUUGGGGUUAAUAUAGACGACAUAGACCUGAUCAGUGCCAACAUGGAAAAUGCAGUGGCUUCAAUCGGCGGCUUCUGCUGCGGCCGCUCCUUUGUCAUUGACCAUCAGCGUCUGUCAGGCCAAGGCUACUGUUUCUCUGCCUCCCUGCCCCCCAUGCUGGCUGCAGCCGCCAUCGAGGCCCUUAACAUCAUGGAGGAGGAUCCAGGUAUUUUUACUGUCCUGAGGGAGAAGUGCAGGCUUGUUUAUGAAGAAUUACAGGGCAUUCCUGGCCUGAAGCUAAGAGGAGAGCAGUUUGCCCCGGCACUUCACUUACAGCUGGAGAGGAGCUUCGGCUCCAGAGACACUGAUCUGAAGAUGCUGCGCAGCAUUGUAGACUAUUGUUUGGAGAGAAAGGUGGCUCUCACCCUUGCUCGUUACCUGGAAAAAGAGGAGCGUUUCCUCCCUCCACCCAGCGUCCGGGUGGUCGUCACCAUCGAGCAGACGGAGGAGGAAAUCAAGGAGGCGGCGGCUUGUAUCCGAGAGGCAGCUUCGUCUGUCCUGAACUCCCAGCACUGUGAUUUGUGAUUCCCUCCUCCAAAACAAACCACGAAUGUCUGGAGUCUGUGCAGAAUCCGCUCAGACGACUUGCUAAGACACAACUGCAAACGCAUCGCACAGCCGUCUCAACUACAAGACGUGUGUGUGGAGCUGAAAGACGGUGUGAGAAUUUCUGCAGAUAAACGCACAGCUUUACUAUUUUUUUACUCUUUACUUGUUUGCUUUGUGUCAUUUAUCAUGUCUCAUAGGUUUUCUGUACAAACGACACUGUUGUAUACUAUAUGUAAUAAUAUAUAUUGUAGUAUAUAUAUUAUCUUUAUGAAUGGAAAAACAUGGGCCUUGUCAUCACCCAGAUGCGUUUCUGCCUUGACUAAUGACCACAAGUCUUAAUGUAUAAAAGAAAAAAUACUGUAUUGUUUUGAGGUUUACUCAGACCAAAUGAUUUUUCUUCUCAGACAGAAGGAAAGCCAAGACGAUUUAUUUUGGCCUGACCAAAAGCUAUAUAGACAUUGGGGUGUGACAUUUAUUUACUGUCCCUGCGGUGCACUAGCACAUUAAAUGUACAAGAGGUGUCAUGAUUUUGUAUACUACUGAUAUUUUUCCAGAGGAACACUGAUUUUGAAACCUUAUAAAAUAAUCUUUGCUCGGCGGGAAAGCGAGGGUCUGCACGUCGCUGUGCCCCUCAGUCGGUCAGCAGCUCGCUCCAGUGUGUAUCUCCAAAUCUAUUUGGUGGAUCACCAUGAAAUCUGUCCGUUUUGGUGACCCUAUGACCUUCCAUCUAGCGCCACCAGCAGGUCCUUUGGGGCAUCUGCGCCUUUCUCAUUUCAUUUUAUUCAUGAUUGACGCUUGUCUGAUUUAAACUGUAAUCUGAGGAUGUUUCUGUGGAGCAUUCAAGCAGCCAUUGUGGGUGACUUAUGUGCUAUACUAAGAAAGUUGCACACACAUACACACACACACACACAUAAGAAUGUUUUACAGAUGUGGGACUGUCACAGAUUUGCUGCACGGACUGCUGACCCUCCAACAGAUUUAUUAUUAUUAUUAUAUAUUUUUUAAUAAGUUCUGACAUUCCCACAAGUGGACCUGUUCUGAUUUCACCUGUCACUAAUGAAUAAAAAUGAGAUGAGUUUCCUAUUUGCA